CAUUAGAGCUCUUCUGCAUCACCAUUUUCCCCUAAAACCCUUAUCUCCUCUUCCAUUCAUUCUCAACCCAUACAAACACCCACCCACCUACACAUACAUACACUCUAUUAUUAUUAUUUUUAUUAUUAUAUCAUGUCAACUUCUGAUGGCACUGCUAACGGCGUCCCUAACGCCGUUACAAACAUCCAACAACAACCUGGUAACGGUGUUCUAGCCGUUAAGAAACCACCGGCAAAAGACCGUCAUAGUAAAGUCGACGGCCGUGGCCGUCGUAUCCGUAUGCCGAUCAUCUGUGCCGCCAGAGUUUUCCAACUCACUCGUGAACUUGGUCACAAAUCCGAUGGUCAAACUAUCGAGUGGCUAUUACGUCAAGCUGAACCUUCUAUCAUCGCCGCCACCGGUACCGGUACAACUCCGGCCAGCUUUUCGACUGUUUCUGUCGCUGUACGGAAUUCAAACCCUAAUUCUUCACUCUCAGCUGCACUUGAUAACAAAACAUCGCCGCACCAUCACCAACACUUAAUCUCACCGACGCCGUUUAUUCUCGGAAAACGUCUCCGGCCGGAAGACGACGGACUUGACGGAGGUGGCGGAAAAGACGACAACAACCAUAACCAUAAUCAUAACCUAAACAUGUCGGCGGCGGUUGUUAGCGCCGGCGGCGGCGGUGGAUUUUGGGCACUUCCAGCUAGGCCUGAUUUCGGUCAGGUCUGGAGCUUUGCGGCGGCACCGCCGGAGAUGGUGGUGACGUCACCUAACGCGAUGACGGCGCAGCAAGGAAGGUAUAUUCAUCAUCAGCAGCAACCUAUGGGCGAAGCUUCGGCGGCCAGGGUUGGGAAUUACCUUCCUAUAACACAGGGACAUUUGAAUUUGCUUGCUUCACUUUCCGGUGCUCCGCCGCAAUCUUCCGGCGGAAAGGAUGAUGAUAAUCGUUGAAUUUGGUUCGAAUCGGUAUUGCUUUGAUGUGCUCUGCUGUCAAUAUCUCAAUAUAUAUAUAUAAAAUCAAUAUAUAUUUCUAUAUAUAUCCAUGUGUUGUAAGUUGUGAAAUCUGUGUGUGGGAGAUUCAGGAAGAUUGCUAGGGUUUCAGAAACUUAGGGUUUUAGUUAUUGUUAGCUGCUGCUGCUGUGUGAUUUUAGGUUUCCAAUUUGAUGAAAUUAAGCAUGUUUAGAUUCUAGGGUUAAGUUUUUACCCCCUUUUUGUCACUGCAUUUUUAUUUUUUUUUGCAUUAGGUUUAUCCAAAUAUUUUUUUCUAGUCUAAAAUCUGGUCCAUAUUGAAGUCGUUAGAGAAAAUUGGGUCAAGAAAUCUAUCUACAGGGUUUGAAACUUUUGAAUGGCAUUAUUGCAUAUGGUUCGGGAUUCUUCAAGGCAGCUUUUCUUCACAAGGAUGUGAUUGAGAAGUGGAAGUUAAGUUAUAUAUAUUGCGAUUUUUGGGCAAAUUGAUCGAGGAAAAGGAAUGCUAUUGUGGAUUCAUGAUCCUGUUUUGUUAUCGUUGUUUUUCUUGUUCUCUGUUUUAUCUUUGUGUGCUUGCUUGCUUGCACUGUUUUGUAUUUAACUGAAUCAUAUGAUCUCAAAGAGACCGAUGCAGUUUCGAUAGAAGACUUGUGGGGUUGGCUGGUUACUUUCAAUUUGUGAUUUCAUUGUUAGACUAAUUUAUGCGUGGAAAUAAUGUAAUCUUGUCAUCUGUAUGUAUGUGAGAUUUUUUUGGGGGGUUGCCUGUGGUGCGAAUAAAUAACCACAUCAUGUUGUUUUGCUUAUUGGAAUGAUUAUCUAUUCAUAUCCUGUUGCAUAGUA